AAGAAAACGUUGCCAGAGGAAACAAUUCGUCAUUUUCUAAUUCAAAUCGGAUCUGCAAUGGAUGCUAUGAAUAAGAGGGCGAUCAUGCAUCGUGAUUUGAAACCUGGGAACAUUCUUCUUAGCUAUUAUGGUGAUUAUCCAUCUGUCAACGAAGUCCCGGGACCCCUUAUCACUUUCAAGCUUGGUGCGCCGGAGGUAUUAAUGUGCCAAAAGUACGACGCACGUGCAGAUAUUUGGAGCAUGGGGAUUAUCGUUUAUCAGUGCUUUGUUGGGAAGGCGCCUUUUUAUGCCAACAGUCCCGAGGCAUUGAAAAACAUCUAUCUAAAAACCGUUGAUUUGAAACCAAAAAUUCCACGUGAGACAAGCUCAAACCUACGCGAUCUCUUGCUGAAAAUGUUAAUACGAAAACCAGCUGACAGAAUCGAUUUCCCAUCGUUCCUCUCCCAUCCCUUCCUCACCACAAAGCAUAUAUCUCCCUCCGAUCUCGUACCUCACAAACCAGCAACGGUGCCUCCCUUGCCCAGUUCUGUGCGUCGACUGCGCGGAGGCCAGUCUCCCGUAUCUCGCACUACACUCACAGCUACGGCUCGGCCCCAUUUCACUGCACCCUCGCCUAAUGCUCGUGCCACUGACUUGCCCCUCCCUAGUAGAGGUCGCGGCCGUGGUCGCAGCGCUAUUGCAGAUCUUAUGCCAAACCCUACUGCUAGGGCUCCUCUUGGACGUGGCUCUCGUCUCGUUCAGCCCACUACAGUGCUCCGCCGUGAUCCUCCUGGUAGUGGGGGAAGCGUCAGUCCUUUUCCACCACCACUUCCUCCACCUGUUCAACCUAAUGGCGGGGUCGAGGAGAAAGACGAUGAAUCCUCUGAUGCUUCGCUCACCCCCACCGAGGAUGGCGAUGAGUUCAUUGAGGAUGGACUGGGAGGUAGCAGCCUGUUGGGUGACGCGAGGAGGCGAGUGCCACUGUCAACUGAUGGAUUUGGUGCCUUAGAUCCCUGUCUAGCAGAGGUGCUGCAGCGGCCUAGGCCUCUGGCUACGAAUGCAACGGCUGGUGGGGGACAUUUUCAACCUUGCCAUGCAGCUGCAAUGGAUCGCAGCUUAGAGGGCUACGUCAUUGUGGACUCUGACGGCUCGGAAUUUGAACGCGAUCGCGGGCCCCGUGCUUUCCCUCGACACCCACGUUUUCUUUCAAAUUCGCAGGGCUGGUUUUUGCCUUUUUUUAGGAGUCAGCUUCCUCGACGCAGCGAAAAUCCACCUCCUCACUACCGUGCGUCACCGUUGCCGUCUUCCGAUGACAGGUCUCACAUCCCUCGAAAAAUUAAUCUCAUCUCCAAUGGCAGAUCACAGGCUGGAAAGGUCUUGUGUGAUGAAGCUCAAUGCAGUUCAGAUCCACGAUCACCUGUCAGAGGAGUUUUUACCAGUGCGCGUACAGCGGUUACCAAUCUGCCCCCUUCGAACCCAACCGAAACAUCCGCCACAAAUGCCAAAUCGCCUUUAAAUCAUGUCACAGGUGAAGUCAAGGCUCGGACUCAAAGUUCUGCAAAGGUGGCUGAUGUUCCCAAGAAGCAAGUAAUUCAGCGUAGUCGAACCACUCCAUACACGUAUGUGACCGAGGAGGCAGCUCGUCUGUUGGCCGGUGAGUUGGGCAUCACUCGAUUCCGCGUCUCAGCUGCUCGGCUUUGGCAGCAUGCGCUUCUUUCACUUACCUCUCAACUUAAGCUGCAACUUCAAGCGGUCAGGGAUGAAAGUGGUUCAAAUGAGUUUAUUGACGAGCAAUUGAUGGAGCCAGAGCAUCGACAGGAGAUGCAAACAAUGACGAUGGUUUUAGACUUGUGUGAACUCCUCACCGAGUUGGCUGAACGACGAGCCUCUGCUCUUACCGACUGCACUACUGUCACGACAGCAUCGAAACAGCCGCAGUCCAGCUUGGAGGAAGAGGAGGAGGAGGAAGAAGAAGAAGACAGUGGACCGACAGUACCUCGUGUUUCAAAUGACUCUCUUCCCGCCACCAAACUCAAACUCAUGCCCGAGGCUCAACGCAUGUUUAUUUACCUUCUAUGGCUUUUGCCCACGGGAUGCAGGAUUGUGGAACAGCUUGUUCUAUACCGCCGAAUUCUCUACUACCUUGCAUACGUCUUUGCGCAAGUUAAGAAGGCAUUUACAGAGCAUCGUCUGCAACCCACUCCGACCGCCAAAAGACGUGAGUGCCUUCACUGCUUAACUGAUUGUAAUGCGCUGUACCACCGAUGCUACAUUCGGCUUUGUCAGUUGACACGUCUUUCGCGUCGUGACGAUCUGCUCAAACCCGUUGGACAUCAUCUUUCUUGUAUUACCGCUAAUCGCCUCAUCUAUAACUACGCUCUGGAUCAGUGCUUCGCCGCCGAAAUGGACGAUUACAUAGGCGAACUGGGGUUGGUGAGUUUUCCUUUGCACUGA